CUUACUCGAUCAAGUUGCAGGACUGACGUGCAUGAUUACCGGAACUGAGCAUAUCUAAUACAAAACAUCAACCAUCUCGUCAUAUCGCCAUCGACUGAUUUCACUUAUGCAUCAAACGUAGUGUCGUAAAACCGAAAGUGAAAGUAGACUGGUUUCCCCAUUUUGUGUCGGUAUCCGGUAUAAAUAUCGACACGAAAUCAUGACGAUUAAGAAAACGCCCACACUUAGCUAGGCAGGUAUUGUCAAGGUUUCGCAGCAGGAAGUGUAUUAGAAAUUAAAAGAAGAUAUUUUGAUAUGGCAACAGAGAUCUGCAUCGAGACAUUAUCCGGGGACAGGAAGUAUGAGCGAUCUAUUAAGCUGGACCGACGUAAGAUAAAAUCUGUCGUUGAGCUAGAAAAGAUACUCUCCGCAGAACUUCGUCUCCCGGUGGAAAGAUUUGACAUCGUAAAAAUGGCCGAAGCCUUGGUGUAUGAGAAUCAACAUCCACUGACCGCCAACACUGACCUAGGGAAUCCAUUACGUAUCGUUGUCCACCCGGAGACACGGCCGGUGUAUGGCCAUUUGGUCACUUCGGCCAAGGACAUGAUCAUGGACUUCGAAGAGGACGACAGGACUUACAUGUCAUGUGGACAUGCAAUAGUUCCUGACAACCUGUACGAUCUGUGCUGGAACAGUUUAAAGGAUGGAGCUGUACAGUUUCAAUGCUCUGCGAUUGACACCUUUAACGUAAGAGGUAAGCAGACGACAUGCGAUGCCAUCUGGACCCUUUACGAACUGACAGUAAAAGCACAGCUAUCAACGGACGAACGGGUCCUGUUUGAGAUGCGUCUGAGCAAGAACAGUUUACAGAAACGGAAGGAUGUACAGGAAUGUCCGUUUUGUCGGUGUCUAUCCGCCCGAGCCAGCGAGAACAACAACAGAGUCGUAUGUAUAAACUGCCAGCAGACCAAUCCGGACAAUUCCGAAUUCUGUUGGCAAUGUUUGCAUCCUUGGAAGGUUUCAGCAAAUGGGGAUUUUUGCGGAAACUUGGAAUGUACGACUGCCAAGGGGGCUCUGAUGUCACAGGAAAUCCUGAGGACAUGCGCGAAGAAGACGAUUGACCAAUACAAAAAUGUUCCGGCUGUCCGCGCAUGCCCAGGCUGUCACGCGCUGGUGGAGCACGAGAGGGGGUGUAAGAGGAUGCCUUGUAAAUGUAAACACGAAUUCUGUUUCGUUUGUCUGAAACCAUGGAGUUCUACUGGAUGUGGAUACAACAAGGCAUGUGCCUCUAUCGCCACCUGCCAAGAAAUCUCGCAGUAAAGCAAUGUGUGUUUAUACAAAGGUAUAUUCACGUUAAGAUCGACGCGGUGGAUCUUUUCCGCUUCCUGCAAAGUCGUCGAGUAGUAAAACAAUCUGUUUAUACAUACCAAAACCUGGACCUUCAUGUUCAUGAGACCGUUCUCAUGUUUAAAAUCAGAUUCUGUGUUCAAGCCCAAUUUCUUGUUCCGGUGAUAAAUAAAAAUAAACUUAAUAUUUGGUCAAUGGUUUGGAAGAAUUCUGGAGAGACUUCAAGCUGAAUACUGUUUUAAAUGUUAAAUGUUACACAUAUCAGUGUUCUCGUUUCACAUGCUUUAAGCGAGUCACACGAAAGGGUUGAGUACGGAAUCUAUAAUUGAGCAUGAGAACGGUUUCAUGACUACAGGCCCUACUACCAUUCGCGAAACUGUUUCCUGCUCAAGCAUGGAUUUUGUGCUCAAACUAAUUUUCUUCUGACUUGCGUAAAUCAUGUCAACUAAUCAAAAGUUCAAGUGUAAAUAUCUAAUUAAGUAAUAGGCCUUAAGUCUCUCCCUAAUUCCUCCAAGUCCUUGACAAAAUAUGAAUAUUAUUUCAAUUAUUAUUGGAACAAAAAACUGGGCUUGUUCACAGCAUAUGAGUUUGAACCACAGGUACUAGCCUCGCCUGUCAAUACACCUAUAUCACAGGUACUAGCCUCGUCUGUCAAUUCACCUAUAC